AUGCUUGCACUUGUAAAGUUUUUAAUGCACGAUUUUCUUCUGACAAAAUUGAAGCUGCUGAAUAUCUGGUGGGGUGGAUUAUCUAUGCCUGGCAACGAAGUUGGAGAUAGGAUCCACAAUUUCUUUGGGCAGGAUAACUGGUCCCAGGGCCAGCACCAAUCACAGGCUGUUGACGGGACAUGGAAUGGCCUAAACAGUAAUCCCUGGGCUGGAAGUCACAGGCAGAUUGGCACUCCUCUUGUUUCUAACUUAAAAAAUAACAAUGUUCAUCAACCAGCUGAUACUGAGAGAGGAGGUGAAUCAUCAAGUGUGCAGCUUGGUAUGAACUUUUCACAUUCAAAUCCUGGGCCUGAGUUUGCCACAAGCCAGUCUGAAAGCCAACAGGCACCAUUGAAUGGCUAUAUGCAUGGUCAUCAAGUUCUCCAGACAAGGCAGAAUGAAGCAAACUUUUUGGGUGUGGAUACAGAAUCUGAUCGCCGUAAUAUACCAUCAAAAGGCUUUUCAAUGGUUGAUUCACAGCUAGGAAAUGGUCCUGAAUUUCUGAAGAAGAAUUCAGUCAGAAUGGAUUUUAAUGAAUCUCCAGUUAAUUAUGAUUUUUUUGGAGGUCAGCAGCAAAUUAGCGGCCAGCAUCCUGGCAUGCUGCCACCUUUGCCUAGGCAGCAGUCAGGGAUUAAUGACAUGCAGCUGCUACAGCAACAAUUCAUGCUUAAGCAGGUGCAAGACAUGCAGAGGCAGCAGCAACAACUUCAGAAGCAACAAGAUGCAAGGAAGCUGAAUUCAAUGAAUCAGGUUUCUGCUUUUUCAAAACAGGCAGCUGGCAACUCACAGGCUUUGAUCAAUGGCAUUCCUAUUCAUGAAACAUCGAAUUUUUCGUGGCACCCUGAGCUUAUGGCAGCUAGCACACACUGGCCGCAGCGAGGUGUGCCUCCAGUUAUGCAAGGAUCCUUUAGAGGACAUAUGUUUUCCCCUGAACAGGGACAGGCAACACCACGCUUAAUGGGUAUGGUUCCACAGCAGGCUGAUCAAUCUCUCUAUGGUGUCCCUAUCUCUGGAACAAGAGUCGCUUCAAGUCAGUAUUCUCCAGUCCAAAUGGAUAAGCCCUCAAUGCAGCAGAUAUCAGGCAGCAGUAACUCCUUACCAAACAAUCAGUAUACUGGAUUUCCAGAGCAGGCUAGUGUGCAGGAUGGAACUUUGGUUUCUAGACAGGGGUAUCAGGGGAAAAAUACAAUUGCUUCUUCUGAUGGUCAUGGUAUGAACAGUGGAUUUAAUUCGGAAAGCUUGCAGCAAGUGAAUUCCCAGCAAAGCAAUGGGCCAGUGCAAGAAAUUUCCCGGAUGCAAGACCUGGCUGGUCCAUCAGAAACGUCUCAAGAGGAAACAGCCAUACAGGUUACUCCUUCGCAGAAUGCGGCUACCCUAGAUCCAACUGAGGCAAAGAUUUUGUUUGGGUCAGAUGAUAAUUUAUGGGAUGCCUUUGGCAGGGGUGCCAGCAUGGGUUCCGGGGGUUACAAUAUGAUGGAUGGCACAGACUUUUUCAGUACAUUGCCCUCUGUGCAAAGUGGGAGUUGGAGUGCUCUUAUGCAAUCUGCAGUAGCAGAAACUUCAAGUGGUGAUACAGGGCUACAAGAAGAGUGGAGUGGUCUGUCUUACCGAAAUAGUGAACCUCCAGCCGGGAAUCAUCAGACUCCCACUGUAAAUGAUAGUAGCAAACAGCAGUCGAAUUGGGCUGAUAAUAGCUUGCAGUCUGCCUCUAGCUUGAACUCUCGACCCUUCCCUGUGUCUCAUGAAACCAAUACAGGUACGAGUUAUAAUAACAUCCCAGGGUUUCAUCAAUCUGGAGUCAAUAUUUCACAUGAACACAGUGAGAGGUUGCAAACUGGUUCUCAUAGACAUAUUCAACAGUUUCCGGGUGAUGGAACAAAGCGGUCAGACAGGAGCCUCUUAAAAAAAGCAGCUGCUGAAGGCAGUCAUUUUUAUGGAAAAGCUGCCCAUUCUUCAGAUGCAGAAUCAAAUGCAAAGAGCAUUCCAGGCCCUUGGGCAAAUCAACAGAGCAUGCCAUCAUAUAGUUCCAGUGGCCAACCAUUAAGUAGUCCAAGUGGCUGGAACUUUAUGGAUUCUGCUUCUCCCAUCACAGCUGCUGCUUUGAAAAACCAGAGAAAUGAAAAAUCAUUCCAAGAUUCUCAGAAUGCUGAUAAAAAUAGUCCCAUGUUUGAGGUGAUGGGUCAUGGUGCUGAUAUAUGGAAGACUACUUCUGUUUCUAAUUCAAUUGCUGAAUUGGAACAUGCAAAAUCUUCCAUGAGAAGCCCGCUGGUCAACCAAGAAGAUACUUACUGGAAUAAUGUUGCUGCAUUGCCAGAUUCAAGUUCUGAGAGGGCCAACACAGACAACAGCCAACAACUUCCUAAAAGUAACAAUAUAGAUAUCUGGAAACAUGCUGGUUUGUCAGGGAACCACAAUGGAGCUGAGAUUCAAAGAACAUACCAACCUCAUAUGGUCAAGAAUGAUCAAACUUUCGAGUCAUCAGACGGGGCAGUUGAAACUCACGAAAUGCAGAACUCAAAUGCAAAAGAAAACACAACUGAUAACUUCCACAAUAUAACCCACCAUGCUUCCACUUUUGGUGUGAGGGAAAAUGCAUGGUUAGGUGCAAAUGAUUCUAGUUCUUUGUCUGGAGGAAAACAAAAGUCAUCCAGUCAUGUAGGUCGAAAGCCAUCUGGUGUUCGUAAAUUUCAGUAUCAUCCUAUGGGGGAUCUGGAUGUUGGCAUGGAACCUUCUUAUGGAACAAAACACGUUGCAGAUUCCCACUCCAUGCCUCAGCAGUUGUCUCAAGGGUUAAAAGGUCUUGACCAAGGGUAUAUUGGGCAGCCGAACUUUCCUAGUCCUGUUGCUAGAGAUUCUGUUGAAAUUGAGAAGGGUCAUUUUUCUGGUUUUCAAGGAGAAACAAAAGGCUUAAAUGAGAUUCCUCCAAAAAGCAUUCUUCCAGGUUCUGCACCUAGCUUGUCUAUUCCCUUUGACAGAUCUGUUCGCUCACCAAAUAAAACCACAUCAAGGUAG